AUGGUUUCCAGCAAAGAGCGCGGAACCACCUAAUGUGGAAACGUAAAAACACACUUUAAAUAUUUUUACAAGUCAAAACGAUAGCAAACAAAAGUCUUCUUUGUUUUUACUUUUCUCUACUUUAUUAUAACUUAUUUGUUUUAUUAAUACGUUUAGAUAAAACAUAUCGUUUUGAACUCAUUGAGGUCGGAGGACAUUUGAACUGUGAUUGUCUUGAACGCGGCAGUAAUGUUUAGCAGGUCCCAAUUUUGCUUUAAUAAAACUUUCAACUAAAAAUAGUUAUUCUAGAAUGAAUGUGAGAAUUCGUUUCAAAGAGCAUGCUGUGUAUUAUAUCGAACUAAGGAAAUAUUUUUGUGUUUAUUUUAUACAAAUCUUUCGGUGGCUUUUCAGCCUUAACAGAUUUUUUUUCACAGAUUUUUAUGUGGUCUGGUCUUAGAACAUUGGACAUCACACCACUGUAGAUUUAUAAACAAAAUAACUAUAUAAAACAUCAAUCCAAUAGAUUUUUCCUUCCAUAAAUGUACGUGAUUUAAAUUAAAGAUUUUCUUUUCCGCCUGUUUAGCUGUCGGGACUCUAAACGCUCCGUUUGUCCUUUACGGCCUUCCGUAGCAGCAGAUCAAUGAGGAAACAUGGUGGAUAACGAAGAAAGUUAAAGCUAUGGUUUGGGAAAAUUGUGCUCUGUUUUUCCUCUCUUCUGUUGAUUUCAUCAUAAACGACUGCAAUCGAUAACUAAAAUGUCUACUGGGAUAUUUUUAAUCUCGGUUUAGUCCACGUUACACUAAAAAUAAAUAACACAGUUGUCAACUUUCUGAAGCCGGUAAACAUCUGAUCUAAACCCAGACUGACAGCGCAACAAAACUCGGUUGUCUGCUAUUUUUGUUAAUUAUUUUACACGAUUCGGAGGAUUAACGAAUACACAACCAGUUUCAUCGAAUUUAUAUAACAUGACCUUGAAUAACUCGAUUCAUAACAGGUGGAUCUAGCCAACUAUUUAUUCAUCUAAAUCAGAUUUUUGCUCUAAAAUGUCGUCUCGAGAAAUGAUUCAGUUUAAUGCUUUAUAUCAAAGCCACAACACAACUACGUACCUCAGUGCGCUCAACGGCUAUGUACAUUUCUUUUAUUGUGACGCAUGACGCACGUCAUAUACGUUCAGCACCUUGACUGACUGCUAUUGUUGGAGUUUUACCUUUGUAACGAUGUUUAGGUUGCUCAGAUAUUGCUUGAGUCACUUGCUUUACUCUGCCAUGACCUGGCUGGAUGAGGCCAACAGAGGGGUCAACAUGUGGUCCUCCAUCCGUUACCUUGGAUACCUGUCCAGCCUGAACUCACUGGUUGCGAUUUGCUUGGGACUUUAUGUACAAUGGGAGAAGACAGGUGAAAAUAUUAUCCUGGUCAUAUUUAUUUUAGGCCUCUUCGUUCUUGGGAUUGCCAGUAUUCUCCACUACUAUUUUGGUAAGGAGAGAUUCAGCAUCUUUCUGUUGCAUCUGUGGUUUGGGUUCCUGCUGGGUUUGUUGUGCUUCCUCAAUAUCCCGUCCAAAGAGGUGGAUGUGAAGGAGCAGGUGGCAAACUACAUGUUGGUAGUCAGCGUGGUGAUAAGAAUCCUAUGGGCAUUGGUUGAAAGAAUGUGCGGUUACACUCGACAUCAACCUGCGCUUCUCAGAUCAAGAGAGACUUUGGAGCUCACAGGCUUUGUUGUGGCCAGUCUUACUUUGGUUGGACACAAAUUCAUAAGCCUCGUAGUUCUGACGCUCUCUUUAGCUGCUCUUAUCGUGGACUUGCGGAUGAAAUCCUUCCUGGCACUUCUGAACCUAAGCUGCUUUUCUGCGGUCUCGGCAUUCUUCUUCCAGGAGGCUUUAGGGGUGUCCACCAACCCCUUCGCGCUGACCUGCUUCAUCAGCCGACUGGUCUGCGACCCGUUUCUGGACUUCUACUUCAGUGGUCUUUCGGUCACCGAGCGCUGGUCGCCGCUGCUGGUGAGAAGAGGCCUGUGGAGGCACCUGUCGCUUCUUCCGAUGGUUGUCGUGGAGGUGAGCUUUCUGGUCGUGGCUUCUAUGAAGAUGAACGAUAUGGAUCGGUGGUACCUGUUGAUCCCAGGUCUCUCAGCUUCAGCUGUUUUUUGGAUCAUCUGUCAUCUGGUUUUUCUGGUCACACUGUGGGGGUUCCACAGUAAAUUGAGUGACUGUCAGAGACUGUGCAUGGCACACAUGUCAGAGGCCGGAGAGUUAGACAGGGUGAUGGCGUCGAAGGGCAUGCGGCACUUUUGCCUCAUAUCAAAACGUCUGGUGUCGUUCAGCCUGGUGUCAACCAUUAUACUUGGAGCACUGGCUUGGCAGCCUUCAAGCAGUCUGUUUAUUGCCUUGUUUUUGCUGGUGUUACCACUCGAGUCGCUUGCCCACGGCCUCUUUCAUGAGCUGGGAAACAGCCUGGGAGGAACGUGUGUGGGCUACGGUGUGGUCAUUCCUACCAACUAUUGCAGCCCAGAUGGGCAGCCCACCCUGCUGCCCCCGGCGCAUGUGCAAGAGCUUAACACGCGCUCGACAGGAAUGCUCAACAACGUGCAACGCUUCUUCUCGCAUCACAUGAUUGAGGCGUACGGCUGUGACUACUCCACCAGUGGCUUGAGUCUGGAAGCCCUGCAGGCCAAGCUCCGCAUAUUCAUGGAGGCCCACACGACCGACGGGCCACGGCAUGACACCUACGUGCUCUUUUAUAGUGGCCACACCCAUCGCAGUGGAGAGUGGGCUCUGGCAGGUGGAGACGUUUUACGUCUAGAUGAGAUCGUGCAGCUCUGGAGGGAAAAAAACACUGGCUUUUGCUCCCGCCUCAUCAUUAUUCUCGACACUGAGGACUCUUUGCCUUGGGUGAAGGAGGUGAAGAGGAUCGAAGGGCUUUACGUAGCAGUCCAAGGGGCUGUGCUGUCCAAUCCCACAGACCUGGAACUCCGGGAUGCACCUCAGCUCGGCGACUUCAUCUCCCAAUGGGUCGAUUUUAACUGUAACCCCGACAGCAUCGUCCGGUGGUCCGAGCGCAGCCGGACCAUCCAAGCUGUAUAUGGCGUCUCCAGACACUGGAGUGACUACAAGCUCCACCUCCCCACCGAAAGUGAUGUCACCAGGCACUGGAAGAUUUACUUCCCACGGUUGACUUACCCUGUAGUUCAGUUAGCUCAUUGGUGUGGUGUGCUGAAUCUCUUUUGGGUUUGCGGUUACUGCGUCCGAGUGCUCAGAAGGAUCAAACUGACAUGGUUCCCUCCUGCGGUGCUAGAUACAGGACAAGGUUUCAAGCUGGUCAAAUCAUAGAGCAGCACUUUGACUGUGCUGUGGUGAUGUUGUAAGCAGCUGCCGGUCACAGCAGAGGUUGUGACUCUGGACACGGCUAGGUGACUGUCACCUACGGCAGAUUUCUUGUGUAGACCAGCCAAGCGAUAUAUAAAAAUCUCAGGUAUGAGAACACUCCAGGUGUGUUUACGAUGGUAAGAAUAGGUGAAAGUUGGACUACUUACUAAUACAAGCGUGUCUAUUUGCUCUCUAAGCAAAUUCAUCACUUUAGAAAGCAAGGGUGAGUCUCUAAACCAGGAAAAAACAUGAAAUCUAUUCUUACAUUUUUUUUUGCGUUGUGAAAUUAUUUUUAUGAUAAUUAAAGUGAUAGUUCACCCAAAAUGAAAAUUUUGUCAUCGUUUACUCAAUCGCUUUCUUUCUUCUGCAGAACACAAAAGAAGAUAUUUUGAAGAAUGUUGUUUCCGAACAACGGCGGUAUCCUAUUGACUUCUAUUGUGUGGACACAAAACCAAUGCAAGUCAAUGGGUACUGCCGUUUUUCGGUUACCAACAUUCUUUAAAAUAUCUUCUUUUGUGCUCUGCAGAAGAAAGAAAGUCAUAAAGGUUUGAAAUGACAUGAGGGCGAGUAAAUGAUGACCGAAUUUUCAUUUUUGGGUGAACUAUCACUUUAAGCACAGCCUAUUUAUUUCCGUUAUAUGGUACGUAAAAUGUGUUGCAUCAUUAAAAUGAGAAAAGAUCAUUUAAAUUGUAAAAUAUUUUAUUUCUUGACCUUCUUUUAUUCUGAUUUAAAUAGAAAGGUAUUGUAUCACAGACUCAGUAAAAACUGUAAUACUCAUGUUUUCCAGGUGUAAAAUUUGAGAAUAACAAUUGAGAAUAAUGGGAAAAAAACACUCUGGAUACAUUCCGGUACUUAAUAAUAUACUGUUAUAAUAUAAUAUAACAAUGCAAAAAAUAUUUUAUUUAUGCAAUUUUUUUCUUUUGGGUUAUUGGGUGGUGACAUAGAUAUUCAAAUACAAUAAGUUACUGAUGGGUCUUAUAGCUUUGCGUCCACAAUCAACUGUUACAGCUUUAACCUGCUUAUUUUUCAGUCCUUCUAUCAUUUAACACUUAUUAGCAUCAUCUGUUAAUGAUCUGUUCUUGUUAGCUUUAUCAACUUUAAAUAAUAAACGAACCAGCUUUGCAUCAUUUGUAGUGUGCCUCCUCUUAACUGUAGCCUACUUCACAAAACCUGGCCUUAUAUUUCUGUACAAGCAUUUCACACUAACUCGCCACACAUUCUCAUCUGUUAAUUGGAGAACUAUAUUUUUAUUGUUUAUUUUGUUUGUUUAUAAAGGACAAGAUUUUCUACCGCCCUUAGAAACUGUGAUAAAUUACACUACUUUGUGCUUAAUUUCAGUUGAAUUUUGCCAAACACUGUUGAAUAUCACCUUGCAAAGCAAGCAAGAAUUAUAUUUGAGUAAUUCUAAUAACAUUCUGUGUUGCUAAAUGGUAAUGGUGGAGAUUUGUUUAAGAAAGCCAGCAUAGCUAAUGUUUAUACUGUUGGAUGUGUUUUAUGAAGUGCCUUGUGUAAAGUUAGUCGUCACCAAAAGAUGCAGGGAUUUACUCCUAGUCAAAUAUGCAAUAUUUAUUAACUGAUCCUAGAUUGUCCUAAAACAGGAAUUAACCAAUUUUUGAUGAUUUCUUGAUUGUUUGUGUGUGUGAAAUCAACCAUAAUCAGAAUGAGUUUGAUGAUAAUAAUAAAACAACUUGUUUUUUUACUGCCAGUUUCUGUAUGGAAUUGUUUUUGUUUACAGAAAAUAUAAUAAAUACCUGUUCUUGUUU